GCGUGCAGCAAGUGGUUGUGGCGUUGUGAUCCGGUGCGGAAGUAGUGAAGACGACAUUUGUUCAGAUUGUGGCUAUACAUCGUGUUCUACCAGACAUCAUGAAGAAUUUAGAGCCAAUAGGUCUGAUCACUCUGACGUGCGUUUUUCUGAACUGCUUCUACCAAGCGAUGGCCAUCAAAUGUUACCAGUGUAGCACCAGUGAGGAUCCUAAGGGUGAAGACCGCUGUGGAGCAUACGCCUACUAUGACAAGACCAAGAAUACGGCUGUUGAGUGCUUAGGGGAAGAGGCCAAGGCACUGGGCACCUUUUGCUACAAGCGUAUCAUGCAGGGGCCUAGGGGAUUUAUCUGGGAUGGCCGGUGGAGAAGUGUGGAGCGACGAUGUGCCCAGAUCUCGGAGCGAGGUGUCAACUGGGGUUGUGACUGGGGCUACCACGAAAAUGGUGUCUAUUGGGAGGAGUGCUACUGUGCUGAAGACAGCUGCAAUGGUGCUGACCAGCUUAAUGUCCGUUCACUGCAUGCUUUGCUCGUGCUGUGUGGAAGCCUUGCAUUGCUCAGGCAUCUGAAUUUCUUCUGAUCGGUACCAGUCGAUCAUGUUGCAUGUCCUUGCACUACUUAAUAUGCUUUGUGUGAGGAGAAAUCUUGCAAAAGCUGGUGACCUAGACAGGAAGGUUCAGAGGAGAAAAUCUUGUCGUUUUGCCUUACUCACAACCACAUGGGUCUCAUGCAUUGUACAGUAUGCCUUAGCAUCCUAAAUCUCACUUGACCCAGUGUUUUUGAAGUCCUUCCAUACGGGAUGUUUUAUUUUUGCGGUCAGUGGUAGUUUUAUGCAAGUAUUUUGGCUCAUUAUUCAUGGGAACUUGCGAAAGAACCUGUUUUACUGUAAGUACAUUCGUCAGCAAAAUAAUUCAGGAUGGGAGAGCGGCGACCACACUCAUAUAACUGCAUUUCCGCGCUAUUUGAUAUCGAGCGUUUGUUGUUGAGACAUUAAUCAGUACACGUACGCGUCAUUUCACACCCACAGCUGUGUUCUUUUUGCUCAUUUUCAGACUACUAGCUGAUGACAUGUGUUUGGUGGCAGGGGCACUUGCUUUUUUCAAUCCGUCAUGCACUUCAUUCAACGGGGGCACAGUUGGCGUGAAGCUUACGCUGCUCACUUUACUUCCUUUAAGAUAACAUUUUUUUGAGUGAGAAAGUGUUGCCGUAUACAGCAUUAGUUCCUUUCUGUGCACGUUCAUUUUGGGGAAACCGUGCUGUUUGGUAUUUAAAUGUAAACAAGGGCACCGAAUGCGGAGAGGUGCUGAGCCAACAAAAAAAUUAUUUGUUAUUCUCAUAACUUUGGAAGGUCCAGCUGCUGCUUGUUAUCUGUCUAAUAAAAGUAACACAAACAGCUUACCCUUCCCCACCAGCGGGCCCUUGUCGGAGUGAGUGUGCGAUGUAUUGAAUAAACAAAGCGACCCCUACUGCAUAAUACAACAUGUAAUCAGCUAGCUGUUUACAAUCGACUAAAGACACAGCUGCGAGUGUGAAAGGAUGCUCGUGCGCAUUGUGAUGUCUGGACACCAGACGCUCAACGUCCCAUGGCACAGCGAUGCAGUACGAUAUGACUGUGGUUGCCGCACACGUGUCCUGACUUAUUUUGAUGACGGUUGUACAUUAAGCACACACGGGAAGAUGAGUGCACAGGAAACAAGGUCAAGGGCACUUUUAUUAUAAUAUAACCAAGUGGGCAAUGUUUCUAACCUGUGUAGCUUAGGCGUUAGGAAGUGAGUGGUACAACGUUCAUGUACUUUUUCAGAUAUAGAGUUUUAUUCUAAAAAAAACAGCCCUCAGUAAAAGGAGGCUAUUAUUUAGUUAUUGCGUGAAGUGCUUGUAGUGGUUGCUAUAUAGUCCUUGAACAUUUAAGUGAAGGAAUGUAGAAAUGCAGGCUAUAAAAUUUGUCACUGUUGAGCUUCUUUUAUUACAACCAUAGACAGUAAUGCUCCGUCCAUCUUUAUAUCUUAUUUUUUAUUGUGAUUUUUGAUAUUUCGUGUUUUUAGCCACUUUGCCAUAUUGUGCACAAUUUGUAUACCUUCUGCAUCUUUUUAUGCAUUAUUUCAUAAAGCUGUAAAAGCAUUGUUAAAGUUUAAGUGUACUAAAUCAUGUGAAGUUGUAUAGUCAUCAUGCAGAAUUGUGUACCACAAAAUAUGCAGUUGAGCCAAGGCUCAGUCAAGUAAACUAUGAUCUUUUAAGUACAUAUCUGUGCUCUUUUGCUAAAUGGCAUUGUUGUAUAGAACUUCUGUCUUCUUGCUAAGUUUAGAGACUAUGAGACCAAUAAGGCUGGAGUUCUGCUAAAUUUCUAUAUAUACGAGAACUGAAAUUGUGAACAUUGCUGUAUUUGGCUGUAUAGUAUAUAAAGGUUGAUUAGUUAUAUUACUUCAUUAGUACAACUAUGGUAUUUGAACUUUCACAUUCACUGUCGUACGUUUACCUUGGGUGAGUGAAAUUUAUCUCAGUAACGUUGUGUCAAUUUACAUUUUUAAAAAUAAUUGCUCGGGAAGAGGUUUGUGAGAGCAGACUGUGAUUUAUUGCUGAUAAAGAGCUUAACCUUGGGCUUUCCUUAAGACUUUCUUGUGGGCUAAGAAACAUUUGUCACACUGAACAGCUAUUGCAAUUUCCAGUUGCAAUAUUGCUUUUCAUGAAAUUGAUUGCAGACAUUUGGUGAAAGGUUUCAGAAAUAAAUAGGGCUAUAUGAAGUUUUUCAUGGAAACAACUGCAUACACCAUGCAUCCCCACCUCUUGCUGCAUGUGUUAGCUGUGCAGUUUUCAUGGCAAGCUGUGUGGGCAUUCUCACUUUCUGCCAUCAGGUUGUUCGGUAACUCGCUGCAAUAAUGCAUAUUCCAUAGGACACUGGAUAACCGAAAUCUUCUGUGGCAUAUCUUGUGCCUAGCUUGAAUGUAAAAUAUGGAUUGAAUAGGAUAAUAUUUUAAACUAUCACUUAUAAAACUGCCAGAUCUUGGAUUCAAGUCUGCAUGCAAGAAAGGGUAGGUGCCAAUGUGAAAAUGUAUGCAACGCUAACGAUGGAUCAGUGCUGUUUAUGGUUGCACCAUUAAAAUAAUUUAAAAGCUGUGGUCGGUUUUUGGUGUGAAGAUCUGCAAGAAUUGUACACAUGCUGCUAUUUUAUUUGUAGCAUGGCAAGGCUUUGUUCGAUAGAACACCAACAGGGAGGAAAGAGAAGGCAGCAUAUCUUUGAGUUUGUAUAACCUUGAUUUAGCUGAAUGUAAAUUUGUUAAUGUACUAACUCUCAACAUCAUAACAGUCAAGUUUGUGAGAUAAUUCUUAGUUCUACUUGGGCCUAAGUUCACUGAGGGCUCAUUACAAACACAAUACCAUUUUACAGUGUGGUUUGCAAGAUGUGUAAAGGUUCACUACCUUCUAGCUCAUUGUAUUCACUUCUUAGAAGAGGGCUUUCCAGUGUAAUCUUGUGGCUCAUGCUUUGAUAAUGCAUUUCAUUUUUUAUCUGUAAUAAUAAUUUAAAAUUGUAUACAGAUUUUACUUGUGUAUUUGCACAUAUGCUCACUUGAACCAUGUUACAUCAAAGUUUAUUUUGAAAGUCUUUCUGACCAAUAUUUUUCCUAAAAGAUUUAUUAAUGCAUGUAUGUAUGCCUUUCAGAUAGAGUGCUAUUUUACCAGAACCAUUCCGUCCAUAGUGUAUAAGCUAGUUUUAUGGAUAGUACUUCAUUACAUCAUUGUCUAAUCAGAAAGAACAGGCACUUGAUAUUUUGAUGAUCAUACAUUUUAUUGACUUGGCAUCCUUAAUGAAGUCAGUGUCUUAAAUUCAUAUAUUCGUG